GUAAAACACAUCGAAGAGAACAACACAACUUAAUGGCUUCUUUGAGAUUACCGUUACUCUCCUCAACUCUCUCUCAUCUUUCACCACCAAUCCCAUUGCUACACGUGUCAUUUAACCACCUCCCCGUUUACCUUCCGGCUCACCGUCGGGUGGCUAGACCAGUGCGACAACAUGAGUCUGAGAAACGUAGACGUUUGGGUAGAGCAGGGAAGGUUAGGUCACAGCUUAAGUAUCCAAUCAUAGCUCCGGAUGACCAUUGGGGUACAUGGACUGCUCUCUUUGCCACUGGUGCUUUUGGUCUCUGGUCUGAGAAGACCAAGAUUGGUAGCAUGGUGAGUGCCGCUCUUGUGAGCACUUUGGUUGGACUUGCAGCAAGUAAUCUAGGCAUAAUUCCUUAUGAGGCACCGGCAUAUUCAGUUGUCAUGGAGUACCUUCUACCAUUAACUAUUCCAUUGCUGUUGUUUAGAGCAGAUUUGCGUAAUGUCAUUCGCUCGACCGGGACACUGCUCUUAGCUUUUUUGCUUGCAUCAGUUGCAACUAUAGUUGGAACCUUGGUGGCCUUUGUCUUGGUCCCUAUGCGAUCACUUGGUGCAGAUAAUUGGAAAAUAGCUUCUGCCCUGAUGGGUAGCUAUAUUGGAGGAUCUGUUAAUUAUGUUGCAAUUUCGGAGGCCCUUGGUGUCACUCCAUCAGUUUUGGCUGCAGGAAUAGCAGCAGAUAAUGUUAUUUGUGCAAUUUAUUUUAUAGUGUUGUUCGCACUUGCCUCUAAAAUACCACCUGAGGCUUUAAAAACAACAAAUGAUUCUGCAACGAAAUCCGAAUCUGAUUAUGGUGAUAAGGUUCCAGUGUUACAAACUGGUAUAGCUGUUGCUACUUCUUUUCUCAUAUGCAAAGCUGCAACAUCUCUCACAAAGUUUACAGGAAUUCAAGGAGGCAGCCUUCCAGCAAUAACUGCUAUUGUUGUCAUUUUAGCCACUGUUUUACCAAAAUAUUUUGGUCACAUUGCACCUGCUGGUGAUGCUGUUGCUCUCAUUUUAAUGCAGGUAUUUUUUGCUGCUGUUGGUGCAAGUGGGAGCAUAUGGAAUGUGAUCAACACUGCCCCUGGUAUUUUCAUGUUUGCUCUAGUUCAAGUAACAGUCCAUCUGGUGGUGGUGCUGGGCCUAGGGAAGCUUUUUCGUUUGGACCUUAAACUAUUACUUUUGGCAUCGAAUGCCAACAUUGGUGGCCCAACCACAGCAUGUGGAAUGGCCACAGCUAAAGAAUGGUGGUCUUUGGUUGUCCCUGCAAUCCUCACAGGCAUUUUUGGUGUUUCUAUUGCAACUUUUCUUGGCAUUGGUUUUGGAAUGAUGGUUCUAAAACACAUGUAGAAAUGAUAAACCCCCACUUAAAUACACUUAUUACAGAAAAAACUUCAUUAAGCAUUACUUAGGAAGGGCUUUUUAAAUGAGGGGGUACUAUUGUAAUUCUAGGGUAGUUGGGCGGGAUUAACUUGUACCAAAGACUACAUAUAUAAUCUGUCUAGCUUUUAUUGGGGAUCUAUCUGGAGAUAUAGAGGAAUUAGUCUUACUUUGGAGAGCCCCAAUUCUCUCGGACAGUUGGGAAUCGGAGAGUACAAGCCUCUCGAAAGCUUGAAACUGUGUAACCUCUUGUGUUCAUCAAUAAAGAUUUCCUAAGGAUAAUUCCAGUUCA